GAGAAAAAUCAGCAUGGAGAAAGAAAACGUAUCGGACUCGGAGCAACUCUGCUGUACGUUCGCCGUAACGGGCGAAAGCGAAUCCUUCCAAUCGAUUUUCAUUUGCAGAACUUGUUCUUUGGACGCGAAAGACUUGCUUUGCGUUUGCCAAGCUUGUGCUGAAACGUGUCACGAAGACCACGAAGGACUAGAGUACGUAGGAAUAGGCCCGUCAUAUUGUGAUUGCGAGGCGUUGCUGGAAGGUGGAUGUAAAAUAAUCGGUAGAUCCGCAAAAACUGCUCAUCGGCUGGGGAUUUUCAAGACUGUGUUUGAGAACUCGAUCACCAAGCGACCAACUGGUGAGGACGGCAAGUAUGUCCAACAGACGUUUUCAAUCCCGGCCCUCGAUGACGAUGAUCUAUGUUCAGCGUUGUGCCUUCAAUCAGAAGAGCUUGUGAAACAUUCAAAGGAAACUUUUUGGUUGGAUGCGUCAACGGAUUUAGAACACUGCUGUUUACUUGAGAAACUGGCAUGGCAUAUCUACCGGAAUCAGAUCAAUGAGUACAAACUGCAGGGGGACGAUCUCGCUGGGGGUGCCGAAUGGUGGGUCCAGGUAAAAUCUGUCUCGCUGCCCGAAAUCAAUGGAGCUCAAACCGACCCUGAUGCUCAGGGGAAUGAGGCAAUUGAUAUCCAUUUUGACAAAGACGAAGCCCUCGCUGAGGCUUUUGGAUUGGGUGCUUUUCCACUCCUAUCAACGGUUACCUAUCUCACUGACUCUCCCUAUUCACCCCCUACCAUAAUUUUUCCUCGGGAGUAUGGUGAAAGCGAUGAUGCACCUAUCUCAGAAGUUUUUGUGAGCCGACCUCGAAAAAGGAAGCACUUAGUGUUUGAUGGAAGACUUCUGCAUGGGGCACCCUCUCAUUUCGGUCUCCGCCCCCAACGAAGGCCAUCUUCAAAGUGCGGUAUCGGCCCUCGAAUAACAUUUCUUGUCAAUCUAUGGGCAAAACAUUGCCCAGCUGGAGUCAGUCCCUUACCCGAGACGAUCCGCUGCAGGAUUGUCGAUUUGGCUCCAUCCGAUCUCCGUGUAUUUCCGAAUAUGUUUGAAAAUUCUGGCUUUCAUCGCAUGGGUACGGAUAUCGUCCAUCUGGAUGAGAGCACUGAAAGUAAAUACAAUGAGAGUUCUAGCAGCAUGAUUGAGCUUCCUUUUCUAGGGAAAGGAACAACUUGGGAAAGCAGCGACUCCAAUGACGAACUAUCGACCAACGUCUUUGUCUAUCCUCCACCGGACGUGGAGAGCGACACCUAUAUUGUUCGGUUUGGAAGUGGUAUGGAAGGCUUCAUUGAUGUGAGUUCCGAAACUCAAGACUGA